AUGGAUACAACAGUUUCAUGGGUUUGUUCUAAAGAUUUUGGUGAUUUUAUUAAACUUCCAAAUAUAGAGAUAUAUAAAAAAGGAUGUAAUUAUUAUGAUAUUAAUGAUAGUUUAUAUAUAAAAAUAAGACCUAAUGAUUGUAAAGUUACAUUUUUAAAUAAAAAUUAUCGAAAACAAUUUUGUUCCAUAAAUAUGCAAAAACAAUUAAUUAUAUAUUUUUCAAAGAAUAGAGGAUUAGUAUUACCAUUAAAUGAUGUCAUUGGAAUUCAAAAUAAUUGUAAAUUUAUUAAAACAGGAAAAGCUGUAUGGAGUAUAGAAGGCGUUAUAAUUUUUCCAUUUGGUAGAAUAAAAAUUGCCACCCACCAUUAUAAUAUAUUAAAUUUAAAGUACAAAUUAUCCAUGUUAUUUUGUAAAAUUUCAAAUAAAUUUAUUAAAAAUAAGGAACAACGAAAGGAAAAGGGAAUUAUUCAAGAUGACAUUAUAAAUAAAAAAAGUAUUCACAAUAUUUCAUGUGAUUACAAUAAUUUUGGUGAUGAAACUUUAAACAAAGAAGUUGAUAACAUUUGUUUUAAAAUAGAAAAACUUCAAUUGAAAGAUUCUAUCAAAUGUUCUAAAUUAACAUUUUUGAAACAAUCUUCAUGUUAA